CUGUGGGUAGCGAGGUCCGUUCGCGACAAUCCAGAAAUUUGUUUACGUUCACCGUCACCCUGUCAGCUGGGAAUUCAAUACAUAAGAAGUGAGGACAACUACCCCGCCUGUGAUCACCUCACAGGCCUCCACCAGGGCUCAUAGGAUCUGUGGGAUCGUCGAAGCCCGAAAACAACAACUACAAUUCAAUACAUUACACAGACCCUGUAAAGUACUAGACUUGCACGCUCUAGUCAGGACUCGGCACCAGUGAUGACCUACAUGCUUCGUAGACAAGCAUCGUAUGUGCAAAAAGAGUAGUGUGUGUGUAAUUCAUCACGGUCACCCAGCCAACAUUCCCCAUUACGUAGCGAGCUCAGAGCUGAUAGACCAAUAUUCUGACAAAAACCAUCAGAUCUCCUGGGUGACUCAAGCUUCCUUCCAGCUUGAUCUUCAAGACACUCCAGCACACCAGUAUUUUCCCUCCAGGGGACUACACAGCUCACCAGAAUCUGGCCAGCUAACCUAACAGCUUCCAGCACCUUUAGGGGACUAGAGGUGGUGGCACUACAGUCUACACAACCCAUUAAGUCUUCACCAAGAUUAAUUUUUAAACAAAGUGAAAAACCCACUGUCACCAAGAUUAUUUACUAUCUUUAUUGAAAGGAUGUUUCAGCCAAGGCCAUGUGGGUGUAAGGGCCAAAGGACAUGUCUGUUGUGUGAGAAGGAGAUGGGAGAGCAAGUGAUGCCAUCCUGGGUCACACAGAGUCAGAAGGAACAUGCUAUUGUUUACUGUCCUGAGUGUGAUCUGGCCUGGCCUGGCUGGGAUACCAACACUUGGAAGUGCCAUCCCAAUCACCAGGGAGAAGGAACAGUAUUUCCAGGAGUGAAAAUAAUUCAGAACUUUAUUUCUGAGGAAGAAGAAAGAACACUCAUGGAUUCCAUUGAUGAGGUGCCUUGGGAUUUGUCUCAGAGUGGCAGAAGGAAACAAAAUUAUGGACCAAAAUGUAACUUCAAGAAGAGACGUGUGAGGUGCAAUACCUUCUCAGGCUACCCAGCCUUCACCAAGUACAUACAGAACCGCUUUGCCUCAGUUGAUAUCCUCCACAGUUUCCAGACAGUGGAGCAGUGUUCCCUUGAGUACUCUCCGGAGAGAGGUGCAUCCAUUGACCCACAUAUUGAUGAUUGCUGGAUAUGGGGUGAAAGAAUACCAACACUUAGUCUGCUACUUGACUCUACUCUCACCUUAAGAAAAUUUAAUGGACCUGAAACAAAAUAUAACCUACUGGACCGCAAAACCUAUCCUUCACAAGUGGGAGAAGAUGGCAGUGUUAAGGGAUAUGACACAUUAAGUAAAGACUAUGCAAAACUUCAAACACAGACUGAUAAUAUGCAAGCAGCUGACAGUGCUGAGGAAAAGUACUCCAGCUUGAUGACACAACCAACAAGGUGCUCAAUGCCAGAUGUGGUGCGUGUACCCAUGCCUCGACGCUCUUUGUUGGUGCUGUAUGGGCCACCUCGAUAUGACUGGGAACAUGGAAUACUGAGAGAGGACAUUCCUUCCAGGAGGGUGUGCAUUACCUACAGAGAAUUAACGCCCACUUAUCUUCCCUGUGGCCCAAAAGCUGAAGUGGGUGAGGCUAUCCUACAGGCUGGGAAAGUGUUCUGGGAUCACCGAAGUUAUUAUUCACUAGAUCAGGAAGGUACUGUUGUAACGUGACCAAAGUGACACUUACAUUGAACCAAGAGGAACUUAUGUACAGUCCUGAUCAGAGUGAAAGGUGCAGGAGGGUUCAUCCCUUCUGCUCUGACCAAAUUUAAAUUACCUACUAUAACUUUUAAGCUUUACAGCAGAAUUUGAAUAUUGACAUCUGGCAACUCUACAGCUCUAGUAGCUAAAGUAAUGCUAUAUUUUGUUUGUUUCUUUCGUCACCCUUAUCUUCUGUGGGUUUUUUUUUUUUUUUUUUUUUUUUUUUUCCUCUAUGUGUUUUUGCAGUUGCACAAGCAUACCAUCCUUUGUUAUCUCCUAUUAUGGGACCCAGAAAAGUUUUUACUAAAUCCCAAAUUUCAGUUAUAUGUGCCUUAGUAAGAGAAAAUAAGUCGAAUAAGGAAACUGCAAACACUAUUUUACCUCUUAAAACUGCACUGUUGGACCAAAACUUUUCGGGUGGGAGAUGAUACUUCAUCAUCUCACAUCUAGCAGGGCAUAAGCACAGUGGGCCACAGGACUCUGAACACUAUUUACAGACAGCUUGAGAUCAGUUCUCACAUAAAGGCCAUUUCACACCGGAGACGAGACACCCAACACACGAGAGUAAGGCUGACUUUGGUUGCUAUGGGUAUGUUCACACUGGGCACGAUGCUAGGUGAGUCAUUCACUGCAGUGGAGGCUGGCUGACUGGACAGUUCCUUCUGCAGUGAAGGAAGACAGUAAUCUAUGGUCCUCUUACAUGGAUGAGGAGGAGUUUUUAAUGUUAUCUUUAGCCUUGAAUAAUAAGUGGAAAAAGAAUUAGGUAUAUGAAGGAAAUAUAAAAUUACUAAAAUGUGGUGAAUAUUAUCAUCUUAUUCAAGAGCUAGAAAUGGAUGAGGAAAAUUUGGACACUAUUUCAGACUGAUUCCACCUUAGUUCUCUGAAGUUCUAUUAUUCAGUGAACAAGAUAUUACGAAGCAAGGCACCAACUACAGGAAAUCCAUCAGUUCAAAGUGAAGGAUAGUCAAGGAGUUGAGUCAGGUCAGUGUCAAAAAAUGGUGUGGGCCUAUAGAGACAAAAGAACAAAGGUGGGAGUCCCAAGGGAGCAUGAGUCAUCAAUGCUAUGGCAAGAAAAAUCACCUGCCUGGUGAUCUUGGAAUCGAUGCAUGCAGUGUGGGUGGCAUGUGUCCCAGAGUUUUACAUCCGAUGUGAACACUCUUAUUUAAAAUACACUGAGGUGAUUUUAAGCCACGCAGCUCCACACUGCGUGUGUUGGGUGCAUCAUCUCCGGUGAUCUUGAUCUUGAUGCUACAGGUGGCUCGGGAUCGCUCCAGAGCCAGACCUUUGGAUCAGCUACUCCUGUAGAGGACAAAAAAGACAAAACAGAAAAAAAAAAGUAGCAUUUCUCUUCGUUAAUGAUCCCUACA